UAUAGAAUGGAAGAAAUAAGUGCAACAGUAGACCUGAUAGUGAAUAGUAUCCGAACAAAGGAGAAUAACAGAAGACGAAAGAACAGACGCAGAGUUCUGGAAUUGAUUGAUCAGUUUGAAAAGUUUGAUAUGGGUUCAACACCAGAAACAGCCCGAGAUCUCGUGAAGAUACUUAUUAAAGACGAACUGCAAAAUGUUUUAACUUCUUUUGCAAAAGAAUUUAAAGUGGCGCCACUUCUCGAUUUUAUAUCAGAUCAGGGCGUCAAAAAGGCGAAAGGUAAACAAAAAGCGGGUAAGUCAAAGAAUACACGCCAAGAAAUGGGUCCACAGACUAGCUUGAAAGGACAGGAAAGAGACUCGCUGGAAAGCACGAGCAGCAAAGAAUUUCAGCCAAUUUUGGUUGAGCCGAUUAAAGGAAACAGCCUAAGCUGUGAUGAAUUUGCAUCAAAAAUCAAUGAAGCUCGAGAGAAUCCGUAUAGUAAUGUUUGGGACCUUCCCAUGUUUGAUUUCUCCCGGGACCAAAUCAUGGAAUAUAUACAGGGGUACUUUGGGGCUGAAACGUCAAACAUCCAGAGCAGUAUACUUAACUGUGACCCUACCUUUCCCAGAAUGGUCUGCACAGCCGUUAAAUAUUGGAAUGACAAGCAAUUGAUUGUACCACUGCUUCGCAUGAUAAAAGAAGUUUUUGAGAAGAGCUCGUUUGAUUCAGAGGAGAUUUGUCAUUGGCUAGUAAAUGAAAAGGUGGUGUUGGCAACAGCCCUUUUGGCUUGUUUCCUGAAUGAAGAAGAUAUUUUCAACCAAGUUCUAGAAAUCUACAAUGGAUCACCAUUUCCAGUCAAGUACAAUAAGUUGGAAGACGUUUUACUACUCGUCUCGAGUGCCCUUACUUAUGCUAAACGAAUCGAGACACAUUCACUAGAAUUGCUAAACAUCUUGAAUCUCAUACAACAUAUGAAAGAUUCAAUCCACUCGGAGUUCAAUGAAUCUGAUGUACAGAAAGCUAAGUGUUUCCUUGUGAAGGAGGGUAUCGUUGAUGCUAUAACUGAAGUUCUGUCAUACAAAGAUUGCGACUUACCUGGCUUAAUACAGGGUGUGAGCAUUAUUUUAAUAGACUGGUUUAAAGAAGAGGUGAAACCUGUGGAUUUGCUGCCCAUAUUUCCAAGUGCUCUCCAGUUCUUAAACAGAAUGCUCAGCCAAAAACAAAUAUCGAUUGUAGAUGAUUACAUAAUGAAUACUUGUUUACAUUUUCUACAAUUCUUUAUUGUUAACAUACCGUAUGAAAUGAUGGUUAUGAUAUUGAACGAAGAUUCAAUUGGCUUGAUCAUCCAUUUUUCGAGAAUCUACUCAAUAAGACAAAGCCAGGUUCUAGAUAUUCUCGCUUCAGCAGCUACAAAAGAUAAACGUGGAGUGAUCAAAGACAUGGUAAAAAGAUUGAAACAGCGCCCACCCACCUACAUAAACUCAAAAGCUUGCUUGUUUAAACUUAAUAUGAUCGUAAUCCAUAUUUCCGGCGCCAUGAAAUAUGAUAGAAUGAAAGAUAACGCGACGGAAUACUCUCAAUGAUAAUUGAAACACCUUUUAAAGCCGAAGACAUGCGGAAUAAAAAACAAAGAAAAUUCUGAGUCUGACGUACCCGACAUAGCUUGGGAUCUAGUCAACAUGAACAAUGUCUUCAGAUCAGUUUACUCAUUGAUACAGAUUUUAAAAAUUACCCUUAUCUGGAAACGAUUUCACAAUGCACAAACAAUAAACGAAUUCGCCUAAUUAAUGGCUGUCCAAUUCGUGCAUCGACCAAGUGGCCUAUUUCAAUUUGGCCUUGGGCAUUUGAAUGAUUAAUGUUUGAAAAUAAUUGUGUUUGUACUUUUAGCGUUGAUUGUAAACUAAUAUCAAUCCUCAUGUUCAAAUUCACUGAAAAUCGUAAUUACAGAGCAGAUCAUUAAUUUUUAACAGUAAAACUAAAAGCAUUUUGGUGAAAAAUGAAUCGUUAAUUGUUAAAAGCUGGUUUUAAAAAACGGCAUUUUUGCUUUUUCGUUCAAUGAUAAGAUAUUUAAUUAUUAUAUUAUACCUGUGAUUUUAGCAAGAUUUUUCAUUGUC